AUGUGGCUUCUCACCUUCUCCUUCCUGCUGACGCCUGCAGCGGCCCAGCACCACUCCGCCAAGAGGCUGAAAGGUGAGGCGUGUGAGCCCCACUCCCAGCCGAGGCAAGCGGCCCUCUUGGAGCGUGGACGCUUUAACUGCGGUGUUUCCCACUCUGCACGCCGGAUGCUGUCUGCUGCCCACAGCCACACCGGCUUCAUGAGCGUGCACCUAGGCGAGCACAAUCUGCGCAAGCGCGAUGGCCCGGAAGUGCUGUGGACUGUGGCUCGCCUCGUCCCACACCCGUGCCACGAAGCGCGCAGCCAUCGCCACGACGUCAUGUUGCCACGUCUAACCCGGCCCACGUGCCUCUCCCCGCAAGUGCGUCCCGUGGCGCUGCCCACGCGUUGUCCCCAACCAGGCGAGGCCUGCGUGGUGUCCGGCUGGGGCGUGGUGGCUGAUGACAAGCCUGGGACCAAAGGGAGCGCAAGGUCACAAGUGAGUCUCCCAGAUCCGCUGCAUUGUGCCAACAUCAGUGUUAUCCCGGCCACAUCUUGUAGCAAGGACUACCCAGGGCGCCUUAUGAGCACUACGGUGUGUGCAGGAGUAGAAGGCGGAGGCACGGACUCCUGUGAGGGUGACUCUGGGGAACCCCACACAGCGUGGCUGGUCUGUGGGGGAGUCCUGCAGGGAAUCGUGUCCUGGGGUGACGUCCCCUGUGACACUACGAACAAGCCUGGUGUUUAUACCAAAGUCUGCAGCUACUUGGGGUGGAUCAGGGACACCAUGAAGAGGAACUGA